ACUUUUAAUAUUUCUAAGGAGAUCAGAUCGGCUGUAGUUCUUAAGCCAGAGCCGGGGGGUUCUUAUUUCUGCUUCUUAAUUGAGUUUAUGCUGUGUUCUGGUGCACUGUCCAUUUGAUUAGAUUGCAUACACCCAUUCGCUUUGUGAUACUGCAAGAACCUUGGUCGCCAUGUGGAGUUUUGCCUCAAACUCUAUAGUCGGAUGUAUAGGAGGAAGAAAUGGCUCAUCAAAACUUCGUCAUGUUGAUCCCGAUUCCGAAGACGAAGUUUCCUCAUGCGAAGGCCUUGAGUGCCCAAUAUGCUUGGAAUCUUUCAACAUCGUCGAAAAUAUCCCUUACGUUUUAUGGUGCGGUCACACUCUUUGCAAGAACUGUGUCCUCCGAUUGCAAUCAGCCAUUGUGAAGUUCCCUAAUCUCCCAAUUCAGCUACCCUUAUUCAUUUCAUGCCCUUGGUGCAACUUAUUGUCUUUCCGGUUAGUUUACAACGGGGUCCUCAAAUUUCCUCGAAAGAAUUUCAUCUUGUUGUGGAUGGUCGAGAGCAUGAAUGGUGAAAGGAAAAACUCUUGUUCUUCUUACCAUGCCGACCAACAUUCACAUUGGCCUUCAAAUGAUAGAGAUCAUUCCAACAUCAAUCUGGAGCUUUCGAGAACUGGUACUAACUAUUGGAAUGCAGAGACAACACAGUCCUUUCUUCGUAAGUUGCUGGUUUUCUUUGUACAUUUGACCUCCAAGUUCCCACUUGUCAUAAUUUUCCUACUCAUCAUCAUCUAUGCUAUUCCUGCCAGUGCCAUUAUUUUGGCCCUGUACAUAGUUGUAACUCUAUUGCUAGCGUUGCCUUCGUUCUUGAUACUGUGUUUUGCGUACCCUACCUUGGAUUGGCUUGUCAGAGAAAUCAUCACUUGAUGUUUGUACUAAUCCGGGCUUGGCUGAUCAAGCUCGAGUUGUAUUUUGUACAUUUUUGGAGCUGUUAAAGGCUUGUUUAUUGUCCUAUGGUGUCAUCAAGUGGAAGAUGAUGUUGAAGCAUGCACAUUCCUCGUGUUUUUUUUAUGGAUAUAUAAAUGUUGGUAAUUGUUUUUUUCUCCUAUAUCUGUUAGAUGUUCAUGAAGGUAUACGCUUCCUAUUUAUUAUAUGGGUAAACAUGUUGGUUAUGGGGGUGUAGACCCAAACCUUAGAACAAGC